AAGUUCGAUAGCUGGCCGCUAGAUGUCUUGAACGACAAAGCUAUUUCGGGUACAGAAAAUCGUUUUAAACUUUUAUAAGCCAUCAAUUGGGAAGUAAAAUUUGUCAAUCAGUGGGGUCAUUACUGAUCCACUUAGCAUGUGAUGAUUGCUGGAGAUGAUCUUUGUGAUUACACUCCGCUCCUGGCAUCCGAACUAUCGCCGGUUUGCCAUGGAAUACCUGAUGCUAUUCUGAUUGACAAAAUAUUUUUGAAACAUCAAGUCUUGACUAAAAAAAAAAAAAUCAUUUUAACUUAACGUUUCCCAAUAAUUUAAAAUAUAUAAGAUUUCAUGAAAAUCUUUAGAGUUUGGUCAAUUCUGACAAAAAUUAUCGUUCUCUGGUCAAUUUAGUAAUAGAAAAUUAGCAUGUCAACAUAUUGUUAUUACAUUCUUUUAGAAUAUUUAAUUUUAACUACUGUUCAUUUCGUAAAAUGAGAGAAUAAUGUGUUUCAUUCAUAUUUAAAAUAAAAAUAAUUCCAAUAAAUGUAAAAUAAUAACAAACGUAUUAUUAUCAUUGCAAUGUAUAAUAAAUUUAAAAAGAAAAAAGUCAAUAUUACAACAUCAGUAUCACUAAGCGUGUCAUUUUAUUACUUCAUAUUACAACCGUCUAGCCUGAAUACAUAAUUUUUUUAUUCAGUUUAAUUUAUUUCAUAUUUGUUAAUUUUUCUUAUAUAAUUUUACCUUUUUUUUUAAACUUCAAAUGAAAAUAAAUGAGCUAUGUUGAAUGUACUGUAAAAGGUAUGAAUCCGAGUAGUAAUAGUAUUCAAUUAGUAGUUGUUGUAUUCAAUAUUUUCUUGUCUUAACUCAGUAUUUGUACAUCUACAUGCGUCAUUACAGAUCUGAUGAUCAGCGGGUCUACGGAACAUCGACAACUGUUUCAACACUAAUUAGUUAAGUCAUAUUUUUUUGUCAAAGUUUACCAUUUAACACUAGCUGCGAUUAAUAAUUUAAUCAGUUCAUUUAAAAAUAGUCACCGCUGUUAUCAUACUCGGAUUUCAUUUUGAAUUCGACAUUGUCAAAUAAUAAACUUUACGUUAUCGAAUCAGUUCAGUUGUUUUGCCAAUACAAAAUUAUCACUCGAAUUAAUAUAAUUAUAAAAGUAAUCAUAAUUUUGUAGUUUUUUCAAUAGCAAUAGAUGUCAACAUUUGUCUCUAUUGAUUAUUUGUAAGUUGCGUACAAGUGAGAAAAUAAAUUAUUUUCAGUACAAUCUAUGUAUAAAAUUUGAAUUAAUUUUUUUUUUUUUUUUUUGAGUAAAAUGAAAAAAAUCGAGUUUACUUUGUUGUUAACAAUUUUCGUUACGAAUAUUUUAAUUGUGUCGAUAUACGGUAAAAGGGUCAUUGUUGUGAGAACAAAUAAAGGUCGUGUAGCUGGUCGAGUUUUACUGACUAUGCAGUCAAAUAAAGAAUACAUUGCAUUCAAAGGUAUACCGUACGCUAAACCACCUACUGGCUACCGUAGAUUUAAGCCACCAAUUGAGGCUGAUAGUUGGAAGCCGAAGCUUUUACGUGCAUAUGAUGAUCCAAACCCAUGUCCACAAUUUGAUAUCGAUGCGCUUAAAACAAUUGGCCAUGAAAGUUGUCUUUUUUUGAAUGUGUAUACGCCAAGGGUCUAUUCAAAUGAUGCUAAGUUACGUGCAGUGAUGGUUUGGAUCCACUAUGGAGCCUUUAUGUCCGGUUCGUUAGACAGCAAAUUUUACGGACCAGAUUUUUUGAUUGAGAAAGAUGUUGUGGUGGUCGUGAUGAAUUAUCGCUUGGGCGCUUUAGGAUUUUUGUCAUUAAAUCAUGUAAAUAGUACAGGGAAUGCCGGUUUGAAGGAUCAAGUAUUGGCAUUGAAAUGGGUGCAACGAAAUAUUAAAAGUUUUGGAGGAGAUCCGAGAAAAGUAACUAUUUUUGGUGAAAGUGCUGGCGCAGUUGCUGUUCAACUUCAUAAAUUAUCAGGGCUUUCCAAGGGACUAUUUAGAGCGUCAAUUGCUAUGAGCGGCUCGCCACUUAAUUCAUGGGGAUUUUCUUCGUCAAAGGAGGCUGAAAAUAGUGCUUUUAGUCUAGGACGUAAACUAGAAAUUAACACUGAUAACAAAGAGGUUUUACUUCAGCAACUUUAUUCUAAAAGUUCUUACGAUAUUGUGAGUGCUACUAAUUGGCUUAUUCCUGACCUGAUGAUUUUAAACGGAAGUUUACCGAUACCAUUUAAGCCAUCAUUAGAGACUCCCAUAAGCCCAAGCGGAAGUUAUUUUAUAACCGAAUGCCCAGUGCUGAAGUAUAAAAUGAAAAAAUUUAAUCAGGGUCCGCAAAUUAUGGGAUUUACCAAAAACGAGGCGUUAUCAUUUGCCAGACCUGUUGGACUACUGUUUCAAGUCAUGGGUAAGCAAAUGACUGACAAUAUUAUCGAUCCUGCGUCAGAUUUAAAUUUUAUUGCAGGAAUAGACCUCACACAAAAAUACUUAACAUUUUUUGGUAAAUCGCCAGUUUUUUAUUACCGCAAUUCAUUUGAUUAUGAUCAAUCACUACACAAAGUCGAAGGUCAUAACAAUUUACCUGGCACUGGGCAUGCUGAUGAUGUCGCGCAUAUUUUUUAUAUCAACAAUAAAAAUCAACCAACUGAUCCUUGGAGCGAUAUUGGAAGGCAUCGCGAGAAAAUGGUCACAAUGUGGACAAAUUUCGCUAAACAUUUAAAUCCGACACCGAAAGGAAAAUCUGACCCGCUUUUAAAAAUAAAAUGGUGGCCAUCAGGAAAAAAAGGUCUCAAUCUUGAAAUAGGAAAUGAAUUCAAAUUGCAAAAGCGGCCUAUUAAUGAAAGAAUCCGCGAAAAAGAACGUGAGAUAAACCAUUGUAAUUAAUUAUUUGUUGAAUUAAAUAAUGUAUAAUGUAUAUAAAAUAUGAAAAAGAAGAUAGCAACGGCGGCCUAUGGUAUCAUCUGAUAUUAUCAAUUGAUAAAAUGUAUAUGAUGUUUACAGUUAAUUUUAGAAAAUAACAAACUAGAUUUAAAAUUAAUUAAUAAUUUUUUAUAGCGACUAAUUGAGUGUGGAAAUAUAAAAUUUUAUAAUUUAAUUAUCAAUUACGAUUUUACCUA